UCGCGCGUCUGAUCUCGUCUCUGGUUCAACGUCUGGUUCUUUAUUCUAUGUAGGUGUUCUGUGGUCUCCCCCUUGGUCUCCCUACGCGCAUGAUUCAUUUGCGCCUUAUGUGGUGAUUAUGUGUUGUGCGACGCUACAGACAGCUUGCGCCAGUUCAUAAGUGUCGAGUCCAGUGCUUUGAAGAACAUGCGUUUUGUGUGUGUACCAUUUCAUCUAGAAAAUGUAACGUGUGUCAACUGACGUGUGAUAAAAUUAUGCUGGGUUUAACCCUAAUCGUUCCAGAGGCCUCAGCGUUUUGUGUAAGAACAGUACGGUGCCUGCCCAUACCGGAAAGUACUCUUUUUAUUGUUGAUAUGAGCCAAGGGCUGUGGUUUUGGCGCGGUUAGGCUUUCGAGUGGUAUCCAGAGCUAUCGGUGACAAUGGCCGAGCCGCCGGGUGACAACGUUAUCACCUACAAGUUGGUCGUGGUUGGUGACGGCGGGGUCGGCAAGUCGGCCCUGACCAUCCAGUUCAUUCAGAAACUUUUCGUCACGGACUACGACCCGACCAUCGAAGAUUCGUAUGUACAGAAUUGCAAGAUUGAUGGCCAGGGAUGCAUUCUGGAUGUGUUGGAUACAGCGGGCCAAGAAGAGUUCAGUGCUAUGCGUGAGCAGUACAUGCGCAAGGGGGAUGGCUUCCUGCUCGUGUACUCUGUGACAGACAAGCAGAGCUUUGACAACAUAGGCCACUUCCACACUCAAAUCCUGCGUGUCAAAGACCGCGAUUCUUAUCCCAUGUUGCUGGUGGCCAACAAAGUGGACCUGGUGCACCUCCGACGAGUCUCUGAAGAACAAGGCCGAGAGCUUGCCCAACAGCUGAGGAUAAGCUACAUUGAGACAAGUGCCAAAGACCCACCUCUAAACGUGGAUGCUGCAUUUCAUGAAGUGGUGAGGAUAAUUAGAAAUCAACCGCCACAGCUCAACCAGAAGCGACGGAGAAGGUGGUGGAGGAACUCCCGCUGUGCCCUGCUGUAACGAGCCUGCCAUGUGCCACUGGUGUGACCUUUCUUGAGUGACAGGAUGCAACAUUUUUUCCCCCCUUUUUUUUUUGGUCUUGUGGGUCUUUUGGGGAUGUAGUAUGUUAUUUUGAACACCGGGCAAUUAAUUUCGCAGCUAAAGAAAAUCAAUCCAAAUGAGUUCAGGCAGCAUUGGGGUUAUCCUUGGCGUACUUCCCAAAUCACACUGCACUGUGAUCUUUUCUUUUUCUUUCUUUUUUCUAACUGUUGCAGCCACAGUCACUCUUCCAUGUGCAGCUGUUAUUGCCAGUUUUUGCCAGCACAGCCAUUUUCUCUAGGCCUCUGUUUGAUUGAGGAGGAAAACAAACGAACCAAAGAUCAGAACAGAGCUCCAUGGCAGUUGCAUUGAUCAUUUUCAAAGCAUAAAGCAUUGUCAACAAGACUUUGUACAUAACUUGAGUGGCCAUAUUGAAUGAGCACAUCUAUGAGCUUUGGAACUAACCGUAUUGAUCUCUUCAUUCAACUGUGCUUAUUGUUUUCCAUUAUGCCUGACUUCAGGAGGCAAUUUAUCGGGAUUCAUCUGUGCUUCAUAUAAAGUUUCAACAGAAGCAGGUGAUCACAAGAGAAACAGAUCCCCUUCAGGAGCUGUGCGCACAACUGUGCACACCAAGAUAGUGCAUCAAAAGAAAAAGCACUUAUGAAAAUAAUCAUAUCUAAAAUGUGUCGCAAACAUUGUGAAAUCCUUAUGAUUGGACCUAUGUUGCAAGUUUGAGUAAAAUAUGUAAGGUGUCUUGGUAAAAAACGAGUUGGAAGGUAGAUGUCUGGGUAUUUGCUCUUAGUAUGUCGUCGUGUAGCGGGUCCACUUUUAGAGUGCACCUGUUGGGCGCCCAUUCCUGGGUAAAGUGUUGGCGUCCCUCGGGGUAACCGUGCAAACGUGUUCGUUAUCGUCUUCUGUCACAGUUGGCUCCGAUGCUGCUCAUCGUGCCAGCAUUCACAUACUGCCCCUCCCUCUGUGAAGGCGCUAACGGCACUGGCCCACUGCCAGUUGUGCCGUGAUUUCGGUCUCAAAUUCAUUGUCUCAGUAUAUCGCAAAAUGAAAAUGCGUAUCGAGCUGCGCUCACAUUUUCCAUUAGGACGACCGUAAUCAUCAGACACUUUGUUUCAUUGUUUUUUACAGUGUUUUACAUAAAUUGUGUGUUUCAAGCGGCUGGACCGAUGCUUUUCAAUUGUGCUAGACUAGAAAUAGUUGGUGCCUUUAUAUCAGAUGUUAUAUAGAGUUCUUGCAUGAAGUCCACAUGCUGUAGAGUUGACAAAACUGAAGAAUUUAAAAUUUAUAGUCUGUUAUGCAGCAACAGGCUUUUCAUGUUUCUGAAGAUACAGAAAAAUCUGAUAUAACUAAACUUUAAAUGGAAAGACUCAAUUGAUGCCUGAAGGGGAUAUGGGAUCAAUGCUCUUCCGUCAGGUGUUCACUUUGAGCAAGACAUUUAGUGUCUAAAGCGUGAGAUGGAUGCCGUUCUUCCCCCUCCGACUCUCUCUGUGGUCAUAUGUAAUAACUUAUUCAUUAAAGUGUUGAGACGCAAGGUACCAUUCCUGAAGGCAGCACACUUGGUUAGCUGGUGGAAUGCUAUCUUGAUGGAACCUUGUUGCAGGAUGUCAGCAUUGUUAGCAAGCACACCUCUUCCUAAUGAGCCAAGCUCCAAUUUUACAAUGGUGCGUAUGCCUACUUGCUUUAGAUCUGGCUUGUAAUUUCAGUGCAGCAUCUUUAAUACUUCACAUUUUUAAUGCCACUGUGUCAUUUAGUGACUGAACUUGUAUGCAAUCACGGCAAGUGCUAUUUUCUGUUCUCUUUUUUUUGGUCUACAAUAUUGAGGUAUCCUUAUGGAAGGUUGGCUGCCAGUUAUAUUAAAGGCCAACAUGUGUACCAAAACGGCAGAACCAAUGUUUAAGCAUUGUAAAAACUAGUCACUCACUUGGUGACUUAGCAAAAUCUGUGUCGUUAUUGUUGCUUUUAUGUGAAAAUUUUAUAGUAGUUUUAUGGGAAACUCUAAUGGAGUGUGUAGGUGUGUGCCAUAUGUUAAUAGUGGUUUCCUCAAAUCAUCAGAAUCUGUUAAAGUAUGUAACAAAUUUAUAUAAAUCUCGUUUUUCUUUUUUCUUAUUUUUUCAUUAUUUUGUGCAAUAGAACUUAAGUUCUCUUGCAAAUGUGCUUGGUUAUAGUUUCUUGUUUGCAAAAAAAAAAAAAGUUAUGCAAUAAGCCAACUUCUGUGCACUCUUGAAAGUAUUUUCCUUAGCAGUGGAAUGAAAGAAAGAGCUAAGGAUUUGGUCCCUUUCUUUAAAGUAAUACAGUGCACAGAUCAUUGCAGUAAACUCUCUAAACCUGGGAGGCAAUUCUGUAAGUGUCUACCUAGUGGACAUGUCCAUUUUGUCUGCUGCUGAAGUGCUGAUUGGCUGGGGGUGCCCGUCUCCUUGUGACAGGUACCCCAGCCCAGCCAAUCAUAACUCCAGCAGCCGAGGAAAUGUACAUGUCCACUAGGUGAACACUUGCAGAAUACCCCCCCAGCAGCAAUUCUACUGGAGACAGCGUGAAAAAUUGUCUGAAUUUUAUAAUUGAAGAAAUAUGCUCUACGUGCAGGCAUGUGCUGUAAACAAUCAUUGAGAGUAAUUAAUAAAGGGAAAAAGACAUCUACCCAAACGUAGCAAAUUUCUACAAAGGAAACCCAUAUGGGCUUUACGAAAAAAAGCCUCGAAGUAAAAAAAAAUUCAUCCUGGUCAGGGACUUAAACCCGGGACCACCGCCUUUCCGGGGCAGCCGCUCUACCAUCUAAGCUAACCAGGCGUCUAGCAGAUGGCAGGGUGAAGUUGAAUUUGUCAACAACUCAAAGUGAAGGCAAGAGUUUGAUGUAAUAGUUCUGUGGAAGCCAACCCGCAAGGGCGCGAGUUGUUGACAAAUUCGACUUCGCCCUGCCAUCUGCUAGAUGCCUGGUUAGCUUAGCUGGUCGGCUGCCCUGGAAAGGCGGUGGUACCGGGUUCGAGUCCUGGGCCAGGACGAAUUUUUCUUCAACUUCGAGGCUUUUCCUUCGUGGAACCCGCACGAGUUUCCUUUGUAGCAAUUUGCUACGUUUGGGUGGAUGUCUCCUUUUCCCUUUAUUAAUUACUUCUUUCACCUUGCGCGCUUCCACAGAACUAUUACGUCAAACUCUUGUCUUCGCUUCGAGUUGUUGACAAAUUCGACUUCGCCCUGCCAUCUGCUAGCUUUAGCUUAGAGGGCAGAGCGGCUGCCCCAGAAAGGCGGUGGUCCCAGGUUCGAGUCCCGGACCAGGACGAAUUUUUCUUCAACUUUGAGGGUUUUCUUUUGUGGAACCAGUAUGGGUUUCCUUUGUAGCAAUGUGCUACAUUCAAGUGGAUGUCUCUUUUUCCCUUUGUUAAUUACUUCUCUCCACCUUGCGGGCUUCCGCAAAACUAUUACGUCAAACUCUUUGCUUCGAGUUGUUGACAAAUUUGACUUCGCCCUGCCAUCUGCUAGCCGUCUGGUUAGCUUAGAUGGUAGAGCGGCUGCCUCAGAAAGGUGGUGGUCCUGGGUUUGAGUCCAGGACCAGAAUGAAUUUUUCUUCAACUUUGAGGCUUUUCUUUCUUGGAACCCAUAUGGGUUUCCUUUGUAGCAAUUUGCUACGUUUGGGUGGAGGUCUCAUUUUACCUUCAUUAAUUACUUCUCCCCACCUUGCAGGCUUCUGCAGAACUAUUACAUCAAUCAUUGAGAGUGAUAGCAAUUGCACACAGCUUGUUUGGUAAGCGCUGUGCCCAUUUUACAUGCAUUGCUUUCUGGGUUAGCUUAGCAAGGCUCCAUGGUUCCUCCAUGCUACAUUGGAGCAAUCGAGGAGCUUUUGCAGCCGUUAUCUGAUGACAGCUCCGUAAAUCUGAAAGUCUCUCUAUAAUAGCAGAAAACGCAUUGAAAAUAAUUGUUCAUGUGACAUAAAGGGAAGUGAAAUCUUUUCAUGGACAAGUACCUGGUGCAUUCAAUUACAAGUAAGCAAAUUGCAUUGGUAGGUGGUUGGUAACGUGCCACUUGUACACAAGUGAUGACAAAGUUUAUCCAUAGGCCAUGGAUUCUCUCAUUCUUGGGAACCAUGGUAUAUUCGGUUAUCUUGUAAUUUGCUAUUGUACUUGGGUAACAAUGCAACUGUAGGACCCCGCGAUUGGGUCCAUCAAUGUAAAAAUAACGUUUCAAUUUAUGCCUUAAAGGGACACUUAAAGGGAGACAUUAAAUCAAGCUAAGAGUAGUAGAUUGGGGUCCUAGAAACUCCUCAGUGUUUGUGUCCUGCUCCAAGAGAUAAGCUGCUAAUAAUAUUGCAGUUGACAAGAGCUUGCCCUUAAGAGUGCAGUGGUUCUGCUCUGCACCUAUGAUCUCCGAGCUCAUGCCCAUCUAAAUUCUGCUGCCCACACAGAGUGGAGUGCUGCACAGAGGGGGCCAGUCAUCAUCAUCAUCAGCCUAUAUUAUGUCCACUGCCGGACAAAGGCCUCUCCCUAAAAAUCUCCAAUUACCCCUGACCUGCACCAACCGAUUCCAACCAGCGCCUGCAAAUUUCUUAAUUUCAUCACCCCACCUAGUCUUCUGCCGUCCUCGACUGCGCUUCCUUCCUCUUGGAUCCCAUUCCGUAACCCUAAUGGUCCACCGGUUAUCUAACCUACGCAUUACAUCACCUGCCCAGCUCCAUUUCUUUCUCUUAAUGUCAAUUAGAAUAUCAGCUAUGCCCGUUUGCUCUCUGAUCCAUACGCUCUCUUCCUGUCUCUUAACAUUACGCCUAUCAUGCUUCGUUCCAAUGCUCUUUGUGCGGUCCUUACCUUGGUCUCAAGCUUCUUUGUCAGUCGCCUAGUUCCACUCUCUGCCCCAUACGUUAGCACCGGUAGAAUGCACUGAUUGUACACCUUUCUUCUUUUUGUGAUAAUGGUAAGCAGUCAGUCAGGAUCUGACAAUGUCUGCCGAAUGCGCUCCAACCUAUUUUUAUUCUUCCAUAAGUUAUCUUCUCCUGAUCAGGGUCUCCUGUGAGUAAUUGACUUAGGUAAACGUACUCCUUCACAGACUAGAGGCUGAUUGGCGAUCCUGAGCUCUUGUUCCCUUGCCCUGCUAUUGAUCAUUAUCUUUGUCUUCUGCAUAUUAAUAUUCAACCCCACUCUUAUAUUCUCUCUGUUAAGGUCCUCAAUCAAUUGUUGUAACUCGUCCCCAGUGUUGCUGAACAGGACAGUGUCAUUUGCAAAUCGAAGGUUGCUGAGAUGUUCGCUGUUGAUCCUUACUCCUAAGCCUUCCCAGUUUUUAAUGGCUCGAAUACUUAUUCCAAGCGCACACUAAGGGCCAGUAUGCUGCCAUAAAAUAUUCCAUUGUUGGACAGUGUUGAAAAAGUAGCAUCUGCAAGCUUUUCAACAGGAAAACCUGGUUAGAUUGGCCAGACUGUAUUUUCAUUCAUGGUCAUAAGUAAUGUAGCAAUCUUGUUUUAUCGUUGAUUGGCUACUAUUUCACAUUUAAACAUGGGACUUUAGACAUCAUUGGGAUCAGAAAGAGGUUAAACUUUAUUUCAAGAACUCGGGUCCGGCUUUACCUGCUUUGUUCCAUUUGUUGUCAGCCAGGUCGAGGUUUGUAAUCUGUCUGGUCAUGGCUUGUACGUAGUAGGCGCACAAGUCCACCACUUCUCAAGAUUAUGUAGGCCUACAAGAGAGCACAAGCUUGGCCAGGCAUGCCUCGAUUGCAAGGUGCUUUGGGAGCAGGUUUUGCAUUUUUGCAGUAGUGGUGCAUAUCCUGCCUUGUGUUCUUCAUGUUCUCAAUUUCAAUAUCGCUGUGCUUGGCAAGUGUGACAUUUUCAACUCUGUGUUGUAAUCUACCUACUAGCUUCAGGCGGUAUUUUUAUCUUUAGUGCCUCUUUGUGUUACAUAUGUGUUACAAUCAGCUGUGGAGAAAAGCUUACACAUCAAUAUAUAAUAAAAUAGUUGCUGUAGCUGCUUGCCUGCUUUGUGGCUGCUUUGCAGAUAUUUCAUUCUAUCACUCUCAUUAUUGCUUGGCAAGCGUGCUGCAUAUUCACAGUAUGGUAGUUGUCUUUGGGCCUUUGCCUUCAGCUUUGCCAAAUGAAGCAGCACCCAUUGGCCGGUGUAAUGUAAGUGAUCUCAGAUAUGUGCAUGUGGUGUGUAUUUGUACCGAUUUUCGUGCAGUAUUGUGCGAUGCUGAGGUGUCUUUACAGUUGUCUCUCUCAAUGUUACCCCUGCCCCUUUCUUUUUCAUACUUUGUUAUGUAUACACAAGCAGCGCACGUUUUCUUGCCUUUAACACAUAUUGAAAUGCAGCUUAAUACUUUCCAUAGCCAUUUGCUUUCUGUGCUAUACGUUUUGUUCUCAGUGAUAAGUGUUUCUCACAGAAGAAGUUAGUGCAACAUACCUCUUGCCUUGCUUAGUUUUUCUAAUUCUUAAUGCAAGGCAGUCAUAAUUAAACACAGACUUUGCUGGGGGCAUUUUAAACAGCUCGAGUACGGGAAUGAGAUGAGCCCCUGUAGUCUUGCCAUCUUGAAGUUCACAGUAAAUUUUUUGUUGCUGUAUUUUUGUUCCGUGGCACUGCUGCCUCGUAUCGCUAAUCGUUGUACCACAAGGGCACAAAAAUCGUGAAACGAUUGGAAUCCGUUCUAUUUCUUUAACCUCCUUACCUAAACACAGUAAGAAAGUGCUUUUAAGAGCCUUUUGAGUUCCUUGUUGGUUUUCAUUCCAAAGGUGAGCUGACUUGUCGCACGUGCAGUUUGUGGCUAUAGCUGGACAAAGCAUACAAUUCUGGGAGGUAUCUAUAUAAAUAUCAGUCAGAGUGGGAUGACACUAAAUACUAUUUUCCUUUCACUACACAAUACAUUGUUGAUGACACAGGUUUAGCCAGAUUUAUUGCAGCUAAUUGUCAACUGAGAAAUCACAAUUUUUUACAUUCGUAUCUGUGCAACAUAUGUUGGUGAUAUUUCCUUUUCCGGGCAUUUUUUAGGGACAACAUUGUCUGGCUCCCACCCAACAGUGCAUAGAAAGAGUGGGUUAGUUCAGAAUCACUUGAGUGUUCCCGAAGCUCUGCAGUGUUUGCAAAAAAAAACUAGUUUAUUUUCGCAAGUGUCACUACAGCACUGAAUAUACAUUGUGGCUACGGCUCAACUUUUGACGAGCUCUAAGCAUAUUUUCCCCCUUGUCUGAUUGAACAACUACAUUGCAAUCCAGUAUCUACUGCUGACCUGAAGUAGUACAGUCUUAUCUUUCUUGAUGGUACAUGCUUCAGCUUUGUACAAUAUUAUUUACAUCAGCUGUUUGAUGAUGAACCCUGAUAUUUUCAUUUCUGCUUCUUGUCUAGUCUGGCUUGGAUGUUUGUGGUUAAAUUAAUAUAUUUAUUAAUCUUUAUAAUGGCUACAUUUGUGCUGUGUACACCAGUGUUCUUUGGUCAUGUGUGCAUUUUAAGCAUUUUGUUAGAAUUUUAUUUUUGGCUUAAGGUCAGAAUGAACAGAUGAUGCAGAGAGCCGUCUUAGACUUUUGUUGUCCUCUAAGGAAGGAAGGCGCCAUUUUUUGUACAUGUGGUUUCCAGAAAUGAAGACCUUGAUGUUGACCUUGUGUUGAAGUGGCACAUGCUGUCAUCUUAACAGAAAUUUGAGGUGAGAGGAUUAUUAGCACACAUUUUAGUGUUACAUAUCAGCUUAGCAGCUGGUUGGUGGUAUUUAUGUUGGUGUAUGUUUUCUUAUUAGUGGUUAAUAAUGUAACUUAUGCAGCUUGUUUAUCUUUACAUUCUCAGCUCUUUGUAAAGUGGCUUGUUGUCUGUGUUACAGACUGUAAUAUUUAGUUCAUAAAACAUACAUUGUCUUAA